GAUAUACUCACACACAAUACUCGCGGCGGCAAAGUAGAUCGACGCGGGUUCUGUCGUUCUCGGAAGCGAAGCGCGCGCGCUGCAUCGGGAAAUCAACAAACGCGUCGAAUAAUCUCGCGCACGCGACAACAACUCCUCCAGGAGUCGGUUAUCACUAAGUUAGUGCAUAAGUGUGCAAGAAAUCAACGAAGAUAAUGUCGGUGCGUUACACGCACGCGGUGCUCUGCCGGAUCCCGUUGUCGUUGCGAACCCGGGGCGAGGUGCAGCUCGAGGAAGCGCGAAAACAGCACCAGGCGCUGGCCCAGCUGCUGCGCGAGCUCGGCGUCGACGUAGUCGAGAUGCCGCCCGACGAGAGCUCACCCCUCUGCGUCUUCGUCGAGGACAUCGCCGUCGUCUGCAACGGCAUUGCCCUCAUCGCCAGGCCCAACGAACCUUCGCGCCUCAAGGAAAUUGAAACUAUAAGGGCAGUACUGAAAAAAGAAUUGGAAAUCCCACUUAUAGAAAUAGCUGAUAAAAGUGCUCGCUUGGAUGGUGGUGACGUGUUAUUCACAGGAAGGGAAUUCUUUGUUGGAUUAUCACAGUUUACAAAUGAAGCGGGUGCAAGAGCAGUUGCUGCAGCUUUUCCAGAAUACCCUUGUGUUCCUAUUAAGGUUGGAGACGGAGGUGAAGAAAUAGUAGUGGAGAGUCUCACCUCAGGUUUGAUUCAGGUAGCUGAAUCUAAACGUCUUAAAGCACUAGUAACAAUGGCAGGACCUGACGUUAUUUGUGUUGGUGCUGGAAAAGAAUCUCAAGAAGUGCUUAAGAGAAUUGAAAGAGAAGCAACGUACAGUUAUCAAACAUUAACCGUUCCUGAAGAUGAAGCAGCAAACGUGCUGUAUAUCAAUGGAACUUUGAUACAUCGAGCCCAUGAUGAAAUACCACAGUCAAGUAAAGUGUUUGAAGAAAAAGUAGAAUUCCCAGUGAAAGCAUUGCCUAUAUCUGAAUUAGCUAAAGUUAGCUCUGGUUUAUCUUCUUGCUGUUUAUUAGUGCGCAGACCGCGACAUAUUCGUAAUAUUUAAAUUAAUUUCAUUCAAUCAGUGUGAUAAAAAGCCUUUCAACACCAUCAUAUGGAUUUUAAAUUCAUCGUGUGGUCUUCUAAAAAAGACGAGAUUCAAAGAUUAUACAGUUACCAAUUAAAUUUUGUUUCAUUACUUUGAUCAUGAUUUCUGAAAAUUUUUUUAUUAAAUUAGUCAUUAAGUUUUAAAUCAAACACUCUUUAUUCUUGCUUUAAAGAUGUCUUGCUUAAUAUCAAUGCAUAUACAACUAUAAAGUAACCCAAUAAUAAAAAGAAGUAUUAAGAAAUAUUUAUAAUAGUGUUACGUUCGCGAGACUAGAAUUUCGCGAAUCGAACAAAAUAUAUGAUGGUAUGAUAUUAAUAUAUGACCAACACGAAUUUAAUUCAAAUAUAUGGAACUGAAAAUCAUAUAAAGUUACAUGCACAAAAAUAUAGUGCAUUUAUUACAAACUAUCAAUUCAUUGUUGACUGCUUAUCAAUGUCUCAUAAGAUUCAAUACCAAAAAAAUAACUUGGCAGCUACUAAAACCUGCUUUAGUUGCAGGUUACCUGAGUCCUAUUUCACUCAUUUGUAUUCAAUUGUAUUAUAGCUUAUAAUAAUUAUUUUUGCCACACAAACUGAAUUGUGAUGUCAUUUUAUAUUAAUACAAAUCAAAUUUAUUGCACAAAAUAUUAUUUAUACUAUUUUAAUAAUUACCUGUAAAUCUGUUUUUGUGACAUGAUUGUAAUUAUAGUAUUUAUCAAAAAAGAAAAAUAACUGACCAUAUGAAUGAUCAGUUGAUUUAGAUGGAUUUACAAAUCACUUCUUGUAUUGUAGAGUUAAAGAUCCACGCUUUUUUUGAUAUCAGGUAACCACUAUUACUUUGGCUCUCCGUCUGGUCUUUUUAGGAAAUUAUGGUAAAAAUUCAGUAAAAGAAAUUUCUUACCAUAAAAUGGAAUACAGAAUUUCUUUAAAUGAAUUCUAAGACGAACCUAUCAGACCUAAAUGUUACUAGUCUAUAAAAGUGUUCAAAAUAUUCAAGAGAGAAAACUUGUUAAAAAAUUCAUCAAGAUUGAUGUGAAAAUGGUGUAUAAUAGUUAAGCAACUAUAAUUAUUAGUGAAACUACAUUCUUAAUUACGAAAUGCAGGGCGCAUUUUUUUACCUUUUCUAUGCGUAUUUGAAAUAUUUUUCUAAUGACUCCAGGAUUUUUACUGUUAAUUUUGAUAUUUUUGACCUUCAUAUUCAUACAAAAAAUUCAUGAUACUUCCAAAUGCAAUGACCAGAUAUCAUAUUAGUAUGGAUCAUAAAAAUACGAAUAUCUAAAUUAGUUAUAUUUAGGUAUGCACGACGACUGCGCUUUUACAAUCUAUAUUUAUCCAAGCUUUAUAUUAUAUAUUUGUUUAAUAUAAAUAUAUGUAUUUAUUUAUGUCCUUGCCCUGUAACGAUUUUUGAAUAAAAUAUUGCAAAUA